AUGGCCGACACCAACACCGACUCCGAGCUGAAAUGGAAGAUGCCUCAGAAGCGCGAGUUCCUAGGCGGUGACCUCGUCGCCCAAAGUCUGGCCCAACUCGGCGUCGACGUCUCGUUCGGUCUUCACGGAGGCCACCUCGACGCCUUCCUCGUCGGCUGCGAGUUGGCGGGCAUCAGACUCGUCGACACGCGACAUGAAGCACCCGCCGUGCAAGCGGCAGAAGCCUACGCGAAGUUGUCGGGAAAGGUGGGAUGUUGCUUUGUCACGGCCAACAGCGGAUUCUGCAACUCCCUCCCCGGCCUCGCCACCGCGUUUGCCGACCGCUCGCCGAUCCUGAUGGUAACCUCGUCGCCGCCCCUCCGCGACGCCGAGACGAACUGCCUCCAGGGCUUCCACGACCAAGUCGUGCUCGCGAAACCCAUCACCAAAUUCGCCCACCGCGUGACCAACGUGGAAGAGAUCCCCCGGCUCGUCAGCUACGCGUACAAGACGGCCGCCUCGGGCAUCCCGGGCCCCGUGGUCCUCGAUUUCCCCAUCGACGUGCUCUUCCAUCCGCCGAGGAUGAGCGCCCUAUCGUUCGGGAGCGUCAUGAAACAGACUGCCCUCUCGCCGGGUCCGGACCCGGCCGCUUUAAGCCACCUGAUCUCGCUGUGGAGCACGGCGAAGAGGCCGGCCAUCAUCACGGGAACCGGCGCCGCGAGGACGACGGACCGCAGCUCACGAGAGAGUCCCCUCCUCCGACUCGCCCAGGCGACGCACACGCCGGUUUUCUACUCGCAGAAGUACAGUGUGGCGUUACCCUUCGACAGCCCCCUGCGUGGCGGCAGCGCCAGCCUGCUCGCGUACCUGCCCUUCAUCGGCAAGCAGCAGCCGGACUUCAUCCUCCUGCUGGGCGCACGCACGGGGUUCCUCCUCGGCGGACGCACGGGCGCCCUGAUUCCGGCCACGGGAUGCACGCUCGUCCAAGUCGACCUCGACGGCGGGGAGAUCGGCAAAUCGCACGCCGUAGAUUUGGGAAUUGUGGCGGACUGUGGGAAGUUUAUUGCCGCGCUGCGCGAGAAACUUGCGGCCACCCCCGCAAUCCCUUUCGCUUCUCACGACGCCUGGCUCACGGACAUCCACACCGUCAAGACACUCCCGUCGAAAUACGCCGCCGAUGACCCCCUGCGCCCCGACGGCCGUCUACACCCCUACCACGCGAUGAAGGCGAUCAUGACUUCCCUCCCUCACGACGCCAUCAUCGUCAUCGACGGCGGCGAGUGCGGCGUCUGGGCGUCCUCCCUCCUCGAGCUCGCCCGCCCCGCCACCGCGAUCGUCUCGACAGGCUACCUCGGCUUCCUGGGCAACGGGUGGGGUUAUUCCUUGGGCGCGGCCCUCGCGUGCCCGGAUCGCCUCGUGGUCAACAUCCACGGCGACGGCUCCGCGGGGUUCCACAUCCAGGAGCUCGACACGUACGCGCGCCACGGGCUCCCCGUGCUGACGAUCGUGUUCAACAACAACUUCUGGGGCAUGUCCGUCGCGGGCCAGGAUCUGAUGUAUGACGUGGCGGAACGGGCGAGGCCCGUCGUCCAGCUGUCCGAGUCGUGUCGGUAUGAUGUCGUGGCGCAGGGGUUCAACAAUCGCGGUGUCCUCGCCAGUGGGUCCCUCGGUGAUGUCGAGACAAAGGUGCGAGAUAUGGUGGGUGCAGGGCCCGGCCCGGGGCUGGUGAAUGUCCUCGUCAGCCGGGAGCCCGUCACGGACGUCACCAAGGGCAUGGUCGGCAAGACGGACGAUGGGGAUUGGAUCGUCGUGCCAUAUUAUGAGAAUGUGCCAAGGCCGUACUAUCGCGAGGAUUUGGACCGGAGGGGUGAGGCGCUGGCGAAUGGUCACAAUAAGAGUGGAGGUCUUGUUGCAUCGAGGGAGUAG